UGUGUUCCUCAUGGUAGUUGAGCAUUGUUAAAUUUAAUUAAAAACUGUGAAAGUGCAGGCUCAAGCCCUUAGUCAAAAAAGAAGCACUUCUGGUUUCUAAAAGACAUACUGUACCUAUGUUGCAAAAAUUGGGGGUUGAGAAGGCAUGCCCCUUUUACAACAUUACAUUUUAUUAAGCAGGGACACUAAAUCAUCAUGUCAAAGUGUUAUCCUUUAAUUUCAUUGUCAUUUUCAUUAGAAAUUCUAACUAGGCUCUGGUGGUGUUCAAGAAGAAGGAACAUUGCAUUUGUAAAUACCAUGCACUAAGAUGCAAAGGACAGUAUUUUUCUGAUAUGCAGAGUUUGACACGUGAAAACAAAUGGCUUCAGUAAACUGGCAUUUGUCAAAUUUAACCCCCAAAAAAGAAAAAAAACUGUUAAAAUAGGUUAUUGGUUAGAAUCCUAAAGCAUGAGUCUAGGAGCAUUAGAAUGCACUGUGCUGGUAGCAGUGUGCUCCCUACUGCAAGUUUCCUGGGAGUGUUUCUUUUUUGAACUGACACAGCAAAGUCUCCAGUUCUGAAACAGAUGUUCUUCCAGCAGCUCUGAAGUAACCUUACUUGCUGGAUACAAUGUCAUAUCAAGGGAUUAGUGGUCCACCUCAGCGUUCUAAGAGGACUCACUGCUAAUGAAAUCAAAUGCUUAGAGAAGCAUAAGAUGCAGGGCUUUAGCUAGUAUUUUGCCUCAACUAGGGUGGUCAGUUAAUUUCCACAGUACAGCACAAGGUUGCUUUUCACCUUUGCAACUUUUUUCAAAACAAAAUAUUGGUAAAAUCCUCUAAUUUCCCUCUAAUCACGAACUGGCUUGAAGACUGGAAUGAUUUGUUUGUUUGAAGAAUGUUGACGUUAGAGUGGGAGUCGGAGGGACUGCAAACAGUGGGUAUUGUUGUGAUUAUAUUUGCGUCUCUGAAGCUGCUUCAUUUGCUGGGACUGAUUGAUUUUUCAGAAGACAGCGUAGAAGAUGAAAUGGAAAUAGCCACUGUGCGGCAUCGGCCUGAAACUCUUGAACUGCUGGAAGCACAGAGCAAAUUCACAAAGAAGGAACUUCAGAUCCUGUAUAGAGGAUUCAAGAAUGAGUGUCCCAGUGGGAUUGUUAAUGAAGAGACCUUCAAAGAGAUUUAUUCUCAGUUCUUUCCACAGGGAGAUUCUACAACCUAUGCACAUUUUCUCUUUAAUGCAUUUGACACUGAUCACAAUGGAUCUGUGAGUUUCGAGGAUUUCAUUAUGGGUCUCUCCAUUUUACUCCGAGGGACAGUACAAGAAAAACUCAACUGGGCUUUUAAUUUGUAUGAUAUAAAUAAGGAUGGAUACAUAACUAAAGAGGAAAUGCUUGAUAUUAUGAAAGCUAUAUAUGAUAUGAUGGGAAAAUGCACUUAUCCUGUUCUCAAAGAGGAUGCCCCUAGACAACAUGUGGAAACAUUUUUCCAGAAAAUGGACAAGAAUAAAGAUGGGGUAGUUACCAUAGAUGAAUUCAUUGAAAGCUGCCAAAAAGAUGAAAACAUAAUGCGUUCCAUGCAGCUCUUUGAAAAUGUGAUUUAGUCUGCAAUUAAUGGACAAAUGUGAACUAUUCUGCAACAUUACUUAAAGCUGAAUUUGCCACAUUUACCAUAUGUAGGAUUGCUCAG